AUGGCCUCUCCCAAUAACUUUGACGUCCCACAUUUCCCUCCACCACCCCCACCUACCUACAUAACCCCUCCUCCGCCCCACAUUCACCCUCCUCCACCUCAUAUCCUCCCACCACCACCGUCACCUUCACCGGACAACCACACGACAAUUAUAAUCGUUGUGUUUGUCUCAUUUGCUGGACUUCUUUUUCUUGCAUUCCUUGUAUUUGGUCUAUGUUGCUUAAUCAAGAAGAAGAAAAAGAAUACAAUUGAAGAAGCUGAACUUGUACAUGUUGAUGAACAUCUGAAGGUGAAGGAGGCUAUUGUGGAAGGUCCACAUGGUGCACAAGCUGUGGUGCUUGAGAUUGAUGAUGAUGUACAUGCUGAUGAAAUGAUAAGGAAGGGUGAAAAACUUGGUCAUGUUAAGUUUGUAGAAGCCAACAAAAAUUAUAAUAAUCCAAGUGCCACAGAAGCAGCUGGAACAUCUGAUCAUCAUCACCCUUAA